CAGCCGUGUUGUCAAAGGGGCCGGGGUCUCGGAUUGGUCCAGCCGCCAGGACAACACCUGCUCGACUCCUUCAUUCAAGUGACACCAGAGCUUCCAGGGAUAUUUGAGGAACCCUCCCCGCAUUGCCAGGCACUCGCGGCGCUGCUUACGGCCUGGUCACAUGCCCUCCGGAGAGCUACGGGAGGGCGCUGGGUAACCUCUAUCCGAGCCGCGGCCUGGGCGAGGAGGGAAAAGGCGAGCCAGGAGAAAAAGUGGGAGGAGGAGGAGGGGAAGAGGAAGAGGAGGGGAACACAAAGAAUCCAGGUCUCCCGGCGGCGGGAGGUUCAUACCAAGAACCAUGAGUACCGAGCGCUUGGGCCGGUUCGUGACCCUAGCUCUGGUGUUGACCACCUUCGACCCGGCGCGGGGGACCGACGCUACCAACCCUCCCGAGGGCUCCCAAGAAAGGGGCUCCCAGCAAAAAGGCCGCCUGUCCUUGCAGAACACAGCGGAAAUUCAGCACUGUUUGGUCAACGCUGGUGAUGUGGGAUGCGGCGUGUUUGAGUGCUUUGAGAACAACUCUUGUGAGAUCCGGGGUUUACAUGGGAUUUGUAUGACUUUUCUGCACAAUGCUGGAAAAUUUGAUGCCCAGGGCAAGUCCUUCAUCAAAGACGCCCUGAAGUGUAAGGCGCAUGCUCUGCGGCACAGGUUUGGCUGCAUAAGCCGCAAGUGCCCCGCCAUCAAGGAGAUGGUAUUCCAGCUGCAGCGGGAAUGCUACCUCAAGCAUGACCUGUGCUCGGCCGCCCAGGAGAACACCCGGGUGAUGGUGGAGAUGAUCCACUUCAAGGACCUGCUGCAUCAGGAGCCCUAUGUCGACCUGGUGAACCUACUGCUGACCUGCGGCGAGGAGGUGAAGGAAGCCAUCACCCACAGCGUGCAGGCGCAGUGUGAACAGAACUGGGGGGGCCUGUGCUCCAUCCUGAGCUUCUGCACCUCGGCCAUCCAGAGGCCCCCCACGGCACCCCCCGAACGCCAGCUUCAGGCGGACAGAGCGAAGCUCUCCAGGGUCCACCAUGGGGAGGUUGGCCACCACCUCGCCGAGCCCAGCAGUCGGGAGACAGGCCGAGGGUCCAAGGGUGAGCGAGGUAGCAGGAGCCAUGCCCACGCCCGUGGCAGAGCCGGGGGCGUCAGGGCCCAGGGCGCUUCUGGAAGCAGCGAGUGGGAGGAGGAGCGGCCUGAGUACUCCGACAUCCGAAGGUGAAAUGUGAGACCUGGCCGGGAGAAGGUCCUCCACACCGUCCAUUUCCUGAUCUGUGGACAUUCCAAAGCAUGUACCAUUAACGAAGAGGGGGGGGCUGUCACGCAGGAUCUUAUGGGGUCUGUGGACUUCAUGGAGGUGUGCGUUAGCAGAUCGAGAACAGGUGG